AUGGCCAAAGGCAUUGAAACGUCAGCCAACGAGAAGGCCUUCAUCAUCGAUGCACUGACACAGGGGGUCCGCACGGAUGGCCGUAAGCUGGACGAGUACAGAGACGUGAAGAUCUCGCUGGGCUCGCAGUACGGGUCUGUCGAUGUCACGAUGGGCGAAACAAGGGUUCUGUGCCGUAUAAGCAGCGAGAUUGUAGCCCCAUACGAGGACCGUCCGUUUGAAGGGUUGUUCACCGUGUCAACAGAGAUCAGCCCCAUGGCGUCGCCAAUGUUCGAGCAAGGACGCCAGAGCGACGACGAGCUGCUCAUCACCAGAACCGUGGAGAAGGCAGUAAGGAGAUCAAACGCGCUGGACCUGGAGAGUCUGUGUAUCAUAGCUGGGGCCAAAUGUUGGAGUAUCAGGGCCGAUGUACACCUGCUGAACUACGACGGAGGGUUUAUAGACGCCAGUUGUAUUGCCGUCAUGACAGCGUUACAGCACUACAAGAAGCAGGACAUCACCGUGUCCGGUGAGCAAGUCCUGGUGCACGAUUUCAGCGAAAGGUCCCCGGUCGGGUUGAGUAUUCUACACGUGCCAAUCUGUGUGACGUUUGCCUUCUUCAAUCCUCAUGGCGUUGAGCAGAACAUCAAGGGAGAUGCCAAGGAGAUUUACGUUGUGGAUCCUAACAUGCAGGAAGAACUGCUGAAGCACGGUAUCCUCACAGUGACAAUAAACAAGAAUAGAGAGGUUUGCCAGGUGUCCAAAGCUGGAGGGCUGCCUAUGGACGCCUUGACGUUGAUGGAGUGUUCCCAUAAGGCAUUCACCAUUGCCGAGAAGCUGACAAACGACAUCAAGAAGUUGAUUGAGGAGGACGAUCUACAGAGGAAGGGCUCACAGUGGAAGAUGUUAAGUGCAUCGAACGAUAGAUAA